GCUUCUGUAACGGUCUUGGCUAUACCACGAAGUUUCAAAAACAGCACGACGAUAAUGUCGCCCUUCGCAUCUUUGCCCGCGGCUAAUACCCGGGUUGCAGUAUUUGCAAUCCUUGGGCUGCUGGUGCUCGCCAUUAGUCCUGCUUAUGCCGGACCCCGCGACUGUGUGGGAAGACUGCUCCGUGGCGGCUGUCUCUUUGGGCAAGCCAAGGCCAGCGAUGACAACGCGUUUGUUGCCACUAAGCAACUUGCAGGCACUACAACGCCCAAAAUUGACAGCCCUACGACGACGUCUUUUGAGGUCGACUACAACAGGGCCCUACUCAGCGCAUCCCAGGCUACCGACAGCAGCCAAGAAACCGAGACAUCCUUCGCCUCCACCGUCGACGACGCAGCCCCAACGGCUGAGCUGACGACGCCUUCAGCCUCAGGUAACGAGACUACUGCUGCGGUCCGCAGGGAGCUGGCUACAUGCACCAUCCCAGCCUGCAAGAAGGUGCUGUCCACCGACUGCUACACAGCCUGCAUCUUGUGCGGCAUCAGCACGAGCAAGCUGUCGUCGUUCGCCACGUACCCAGCAAACACCGGAGGCUGUGUUCGUUGCACAACCCAGCCCUCCGGUUGGUGCAAUCCAAAGCCAGCCAGCGCCUUCUCGUACACCUGCGCCGCUUAGGUAAUGAUAAGGAUUGACUGCGGCGCUUAUUUGCUGUGGAGUAUGCUCUCCGUCGUGCGGACGGUUACUACGUGGGAUAAUCUCCAGUGCUUUCAUUUUGUGUGCCAGGAUAUGGGUAUACGUUAGGGCCUAAAGCCAAAUGUGGUUUACAAUAAUCUAGGAGCUGAACGGGUUGAUUAGCGUACAAUCGGAAGCAUACACCGUUAGCAGCAGGGUUUAUCAUGCUGGGGUUUACGGCUGCUGUGAUGAUGCUUUUGGGGUAUGCCGUCCCAAGCACCUAUCUAAGAGUGUGUGCAGCAGUGCGUGCAUGAGAACGGUUCCCUCGAGUCUUACCACUUUAUGUCAUGCAUGGCAGGAUGCAUUCCAGGUCAUAAGUCGAGCACGAUGUUCAGGUUGCCUUACGCUUUAUGGGCAUAACCUAAUACCCCACAUGACAUACUUUUACGCACUAGAAGCAAACAUGUGAUGUGCUUCCCUUCUAUACUUACCUUCCUUACGAACGUUUAGAGCCGGCAUGCUUGCUGGUAUGUGCGCAUACGCACUUAGGUCUUUCUGAGUUGCAAAGGCUGGAGCAUGCUGUGAUUUAAGGCGCUUGGAACAGAGAGCCGUCUUUGGGUGCUUCUUCUGAACAAGAGUUUGGGCAACGGGGGCUGUUGUUUGCGGCUUGUGAUUUGCAGACACAUCAAGUCCACCAAGCCUUUGGCUUGCCCUUCAGUGAUCCACGCGAGCGGACAUGCAUUAAUAACUAACGCGGCGAGCGCUACGGCCUACUACAUCUAACAUAGGGCUGCAUCAGCCCCUUUCCUUGCUUGUUUGGUUGCAUGUCAUCUGUGUGGGUUCGGUGUUUUAUGUCUUUGUGAGUGGGAGGUGAUACAGUGAGCAUCGUGCACAUCUUUAUCAGUUCAUCCGUGCAUACGCAGGCGUGCGUGCAUGCAGUCUCGCCCCCUCCUUAAGUUGAGGUUGUGGAUUACGUAAGGCAGGGUUGCGUAGAGUUGGGUCAGGUUGCUUGCAUGGUUGGGUAUUUGUUGGUAAGUUGUAGAUGGCUGUUCCUUAGUCCAUUGGUUGUGCCAACUUCUACCUUUUCUCCUUUUUUCUACAAAAAAACUAAAUAGGAAUUGUACGGCGUACGGUGAUGCACCGCUAGGUCCGUCGCCCAUGGAUCAUCAUCCGUACGUUUUGCUUGAGAACGUGCUGAACUGGGCAGAGUUAAGUGCAGUUCAUAGCCGAGAGGCUCUUUUCACCUUAUAGUCGCUUCCACAGAAUAAACGAGGGGAUGUUACCGCACACGUGUCGUAGUGGUACGUACGUGCCUGCGGCAUUGGUUGCGUGAGGAAGUUAAGGAAUAUAUUCACACGCAGUGCAGGAUGGACGCAGCUGCGUUUUUGCUACUGUUUCUGUGCUAGAAGCGCUAUGCAAAUAACGCAGCGUGUCUGGAUUUGGAGACGUCAGUGGGAGAUAUGCUGAUCAUUUAUGGACCCAUGUGGUCCGUAAUAAUAACUACUUUUAGUUUGGUAAGGAAUAUAUAAGGCCUUUUGUCCGGGUUAGCUGAGCGGUCAGCUUUUCAGCAUACAGAUCCAGUCACAAUGCUGCAAUAUGCGUUGUAGGAUCGUACUUCUACUAUACUUCCUGUAAAGGAAUAAUACCUG